AUGAAGAUGUUUCUGAUGAUGUUUUUGGUGCACAAAGUAGUCACUCUGAAAUGCCCUGCAAGUGAUGCUUUACUUGUUCCACAUGAGUGGUACCAGCCUGGAGACCUCAUCAUUGGUGGGAUAGCAUCUCACUUCGCUUACCACCUUUAUGAAGCUAAAUUUAGUGAAAAUCCUUCUCAGAAACCUUAUGAGAUACCAGUUUACCUCAAUGCAAGGAUGACCUAUCACACCACUCUGGACCUGCUUUUCAAAUCCCAGGAAUUUGUCCCUAACUACAAGUGUGACAGCCAGAAAAAUCUCAUGGCUAUCAUUGGAGGACUGGAUUUUGUCACAUCAUCUCAUAUUGCUGAAAUUACAGGAUCCUUCAAAAUUCCACAACUGACAUAUGGCUCCUUACCCCAAGAGCAAUUUCAGACCAAUAAGCUCUCUUCACUUUAUUUCAUGGUCCCCAAAGAAGACCAUCAGUACAUUGGGAUUGUCCAACUGCUUCACCAUUUCAAGUGGACAUGGAUUGGGAUAUUUGCUGUUGACAACAAAGAUGGAGAAAAUUUCUUACAGAAAAUGCUGCCCUUGCUUUCAGAGAACGGAAUCUGUAUAUCAUUCAUGGAAAGGCUUGAACAGCUAAUCCACUUGGAAGACUUUCCAGAAGUAAUUGAAAGAAUCUUAAUUAUUUCCACGAAUUGGAUAAUUAGCAAAGCCAAUGCAUUUCUUGUCUAUGGAGAAUCAUUGACAAUUAUGUGGCUGAGAGUUGUCACAUUUAUGAUAGAUCCUGAAAGCAAGGAAACUGCAUUAUUUAGAAGGGUGUGGAUCAUGACUGCCCAGAUUGAUUUUGUAUUAUCAGGAUUUCAAAUCCCAUGGGGUCUCCAGAUGUUCCAUGGGGCUAUUUCCUUCGCCAUUCAUUCAACAGCAGUUGCAGGUUUCAAGGAGUUUCUUCAGACCAUGAAUCCUCUUUCAGACUACAGAGAUCAGUUUCUGCAGGAAGUUUGGGAACAAGCAUUUGAUUGUUCAUUUCCAAAACCAGAGUUAAAAGAAAUACAAGACAUUUUCCAGAAGGAAGGUAGAAUAUGCACUGAGGAGAUGAAGCUGGAGGAUCUUCCUGGAACUGCCUUUGAAAUGGAGAUGACUGGCCAAAGCUACAGUGUCUACAAUGCUGUUUAUGCUGUGGCUCAUGCUUUGCAGGCUCUGUACACUUUACGGUACAAUAGAAAAAAAACAAUGAUGAGUAAAAAUCCUGACCUUCCAUAUCUCCGAGCUUGGCAGGUUCUUCCGUUUUCUCAAUGCAAUGACCCUUGUUUUCCUGGGUCCUGGAAGAAAGGAAUUGAGGGAAAUCAGUUCUGCUGCUAUGACUGUGUUCCAUGCCCAGAAGGGAAGAUUUCGAAUCAAAAUGAUAUGGACGACUGUUUUCAAUGUUCAGAAGAUCAUUACCCAAAUAAAGAAAAGAAUGAAUGUAUCCAGAAACUGCUGGUCUUUCUAAAUUUUGAAGAAACCUUAGGAAUUGGUUUAACCUCAGCAGCUCUUUGUUUCUUCUUCUUGACCUCGUGGGUACUUGGAACUGUUUUUAAGCACAGGGAUACCCCCAUUGUCAAAGCCAAUAACCGGUCCCUCACCUACACCCUGCUUGUCUCUCUUCUGCUUUGUUUUCUCUCCUCUUUGCUCUUCCUCAGCCAACCGGGCAAAGUGAUCUGCCUUCUCCGACAAUCAAUGUUUGGCAUCACUUUCUCAGUGGCCAUUUCUAGUGUACUUGCUAAAACCAUCACUGUCAUUGUGGCUUUUGUAGCCACUAAACCAGGAUCUCAGAUGAGGAGAUGGGUGGGGAAAAGAUUGGCCUUUUCUAUUGUCCUUUCCUGCUCCUUAUUACAAGUAUGUAUUUGUAUUCUUUGGUUGUCAACAUCUCCCCCAUUCCCUGAGUUGGACAUGCAUUCAGAGUUCCAAAAAAUGAUUUUACAAUGCAAUGAAGGGUCAGCUUUCUUCUUCUACUGUGUCUUGGGCUACAUGGGUGUCUUGGCCAUUGCCAGCUUUAUUGUGGCUUUCCUUGCCCGUAAAUUACCCAACAGCUUUAACGAAGCCAAGUUCAUCACCUUCAGCAUGUUGGCCUUUUGCAGUGUGUGGAUCUCCUUCUUUCCAGCCUAUCUGAGCACCAAGGGAAAAGCCAUGGUAGCUGUGGAGGUCUUCUCCAUCUUGUCCUCCAGUGCUGCAUUACUGGGAUGCAUAUUCCUCCCAAAAUGCUACAUCAUUGUUUUGCGGCCUGACCUCAACCACAGGGAGCAGCUCAUUAAGAGAAAUUAG